GAGGAGGGGAGAGAAAAUCACAGUCCCAACACAAACAGUGAAAUAUAACUGCAAACUCCAUCUAAUACUGCGAGGCCUGUAAGCCAUCGGACUUCUCACAGGGCGUGGUUGCAGCUAGUUUUUAGAUUGUUUUUAGGAGUGUUCCCUCAUAUUUUCCUCGUCGGAUUUGACACGGAGGGAGUGAGUUGCCUGGCCGCCAUCUUUAGGACUUGUCCGUGAGGGGGAAAUCAAGCUUCUGGGCCACCGUUAGCCCUGGGGUGGAGUUUUAACAUUGUCAACUAGCAAAAUCAGGAACGUUAAGUUAUAAUCAAACCCUGUCGCUUAAAUACGCUUCAAAACUCGAUCGAAGGCAAGGUUAGACCUUCAUCAGACUUAUCCUAACUCUGAUCUGGAUGGACAGCACUUCUUGAUUCCAGGCAAUAUUCAGUCCUCUCAAAACUGGCCUGUCGGACGGGUGUGGAUCUGCAUGCAGCCGCUGUCCUGCAGAUGAGCCGUCGGUGGGGGCUGUCGCGUCGCAGUCGCAGACCCAGAUAGUCGCUGGUGGCUGCGCCGCGGCCCCUCGCCCGCCCCCCGCUCCCAGCAUGCACAAGGGCAUCCGCGCCGGGAGCCUCAAGGACCCCGACAUCGCCGAGCUCUUCUUCAAGGAGGACCCCGAGAAGCUCUUCUCCGACCUCCGCGAGAUCGGCCAUGGCAGCUUCGGCGCCGUCUACUUUGCUCGGGAUGUGCGGACCUCAGAAGUGGUGGCCAUCAAGAAGAUGUCCUACAGCGGGAAACAGUGCAAUGAGAAAUGGCAGGACAUCAUUAAGGAGGUGAAGUUCCUCCAGAAGAUCCAGCACCCCAACAGUAUUGAGUAUAAAGGAUGUUACCUGCGUGAGCAUACAGCAUGGCUGGUAAUGGAGUACUGCCUGGGAUCCACCUCGGAUGUUUUAGAGGUGCACAAGAAGCCGUUACCAGAAAUGGAAAUAGCAGCAAUUACUCAUGGGGCACUGCAAGGGUUGGCCUACCUUCACUCCCAUAAUAUGAUUCACAGAGACAUCAAGGCAGGGAACAUCCUGCUGACCGAGCCGGGGCAGGUGAAGCUGGCGGACUUCGGCUCGGCCUCCCUGGUCUCCCCAGCUAACUCCUUUGUGGGGACUCCAUAUUGGAUGGCCCCUGAGGUGAUCUUGGCCAUGGACGAGGGGCAGUAUGAGGGCAAGGUGGACAUCUGGUCUCUGGGGAUCACCUGUAUUGAAUUAGCUGAGAGGAAGCCUCCCCUCUUCAACAUGAAUGCCAUGAGUGCCUUAUACCACAUAGCCCAGAACGAGAGCCCCACGCUGCAGUCCAGCGAGUGGACGGAUUACUUUAGAAACUUUGUGGACUCGUGCUUGCAGAAGCUCCCUCAGGACAGGCCCACCUCUGAGGAGCUGCUCAAGCACGCGUUCGUCCAGCGCGAGCGGCCCGAGUCGGUGCUCAUGGACCUGAUCCAGCGCACCAAGGACGCCGUGCGCGAGCUGGACAACCUGCAGUACCGCAAGAUGAAGAAGAUCCUCUUCCAGGAGGCCCACAACGGCCCCACCACGGAGGUCGCAGACGAGGAGGAGGAGCCGGACCACAGCGGCGUGGGCCGCACGGGCACGGUGAACAGCGUGGGCAGCAACCAGUCCAUCCCCAGCAUGUCCAUCAGCGCCAGCUCCCAGAGCAGCUCCGUCAACAGCCUGCCCGACGCCGCCGACGCCGACAACAAGAGCGAGCUGGACCUGCUGGAGGGCGACCGCACAGUCAUGUCCAACAACUCCGUCAUCCACCUCAAACCCGCGGAGGAGAGCUACCAGGAGGAAGAGGAGGAGACGGAGCCCCAGAGCAGGCCCUCUGAGCCGGGCCAGUCUCCGCCCAGUCAGACGCCCCGCAGACCUGUCCGCAACCGCGAGCACUUCGCCACCAUCCGCACCGCCUCCCUGGUGACGCGUCAGAUCCAGGAGCACGAGCAGGACUCUGAGCUGCGUGAGCAGAUGUGGGGCUACAAGCGCAUGCGGCGGCAGCACCAGAAGCAGCUGAUGGCCCUGGAGAACAAGCUGAAGGCCGAGAUGGACGAGCACCGCCUGCGGCUGGACAAGGAGCUGGAGAGCCAGCGCAGCAGCUUCUCCUCCGAGAUGGACAAGCUCAUCAAGAAGCACCAGGUCGCCAUGGAGAAAGAUGCCAAGACCUUUAACAACGAUGAGAAGAAAUUCCAGCAGCACAUCCAGAGCCAGCAGAAGAAGGAGCUCAACAGCUUCCUGGAGUCGCAAAAGCGGGAGUACAAACUCCGCAAGGAACAGCUGAAAGAGGAGCUGAACGAGAACCAGUCGACACCAAAGAAGGAGAAGCAGGAGUGGCUGUCCAAGCAGAAGGAGAACAUCCAGCACUUCCAGGCGGAGGAGGAGGCCAACCUGCUGCGGCGCCAGCGGCAGUACCUGGACCUGGAGUGCCGCCGCUUCAAGAGGCGCAUCCUCAUCGCCCGCCACAACGUGGAGCAGGACCUGGCCCGCGAGGAGCUGAACAAGCGUCAGACGCAGAAGGACCUGGAGCACGCCAUGCUGCUGCGCCACCACGAGUCCAUGCAGGAGCUGGAGUUCCGGCAGCUGAACAUCAUCCAGCGGCAGCGCGCCGAGCUGAUCCGCACGCAGCACAUGACGGAGCUCACCAACCAGCAGGAGUACAACAAGCGCCGCGAGAGGGAGCUGCGCCGCAAGCACGUCAUGGAGGUCCGCCAGCAGCCCAAGAGCCUCAAGUCCAAAGAGCUCCAGAUCAAGAAGCAGUUCCAGGACACGUGUAAGAUCCAGACGCGGCAGUACAAGGCGCUGCGCAACCACCUGCUGGAGAACACGCCCAAGAGCGAGCACAAGGCCGUGCUCAAGCGCAUCAAGGAGGAGCAGACGCGCAAGCUGGCCAUCCUGGCCGAGCAGUACGACCACUCCAUCAACGACAUGCUCUCCACGCAGGCCUUGCGUCUGGACGAGGCGCAGGAGGGCGAGUGCCAGGUGCUGCGCAUGCAGCUGCAGCAGGAGCUGGAGCUGCUGAACGCGUACCAGAGCAAGAUCAAGAUGCAGACGGACGCGCAGCAGGAGCGCGAGAGGAAGGAGCUGGAGCAGAGGGUGUCCCUACGCCGGGCCCUGCUCGAGCAGAAGAUUGAGGAGGAGAUGCUGGCCCUGCAGAACGACCGCCUGGAGCGCAUCCGCUCGCUGCUGGAGCGGCAGGCGCGCGAGGUGGAGGCCUUCGACUCGGAGAGCAUGCGCCUGGGCUUCAGCAACAUCCUGCUGGCCAACAUCUCCCCGGAGGCCCUCAGCCACAGCUUCCCCGGGGCCCCCGCCAGCUGGGCCCCCCAGCAGCAGGGCCCGCACCACUCCAGCAGCUCCCAGGGGCCCCACUGGGGCAGCGGCGGCAGCGGCAGCAGCAUCUCCAGCCAUCACGGCGUGGGCGGCGGCGGCGGCGGCGGCCACCACUACUACCACUCCAGUCCAGGAGGGGGCCCGAGCAGCGGAGGCUCGCCGUGGGGCCACGCGUCGUCGGGGGCCAUGCCAAAAAGCAGCGGCGGGGUGGCGCGCAACAGCCCCCAGGCCCUGAACAGGACCUCGUCGGGGGGCCACGGAGAGCCGCCCAUGAGCAGGAGCACCAGCAUCACCUCGCAGAUCUCCAACGGCUCCCACCUGUCCUUCAUGUAAUGCGCCCCCCCAGCACAGCCGGGCCAGGUCAGAGGUCAAAGGUCAAGGUCCGGGUCCGGGUCCAGCUCUGCUCCAGCCAGCGCGUCAGAGGGAGCGAUAGGGACAUGACAUGGCACCUCCUCUUCUCCUAACACCUCCUCUCUUCUCUACACUCCUCCUUUGGCUCUCUUCCUGCUCUACUUCCUGUGUGUGUGUAUGUGUGUGAAAAGGAGUGAGUGUGUGGGUGUGUGUUGUUUUAAGUUGUGCAGUUUUGUGGGCGUUUACAUUGCAGUGCACUUGCCCAGCACAGGUCAACCCAGUGCACAUGUGUCUAUAAAUAUAUAAACACUACUUUUGUUACAGGCUCACAGCAUUGCAUUUGAGUUUUUCUUUAUUUUAUUUGAACCCCCAAACUUAGUAUUCUUCCGAAAAACGGCUUUUUAAAAAAAAAAAAACUAGUCUAAAACUGUUCCUUAAAACGCAAACAACAAGGACCUGUGUUGCCUCCGUCGUCGGGAUUAGUGUGUGUGAGGCCGUGAGAGUUUCGGACGUGUUGUAGAGAAACACCUGACCCACCUCCACCCAGCCUCAGAAGUCCCUCACAUCUAAUCUGUCCAUCGCACCAGAGCAGGGCUGGAGGAGGUCGUUGUCCUCCUUAAGUAUGUACAGUACCAUUCACUCCACAGAUCAUGAAGUGGACUGCAGUGAUGAAGCUACAGGAUUGAAUUGAUAUAGUUCAUCUGAACAGGGUGUCGACAUUGCUUUGCAGUGUAGAAUUUGCCAUACCCCUUUCCUUUAUUUAAUCAUAGACUUCUUUUUGCCCUUCAUUCUUGAGUUUUUUUUUUUUUUUUUAAAUAAGGUGGACUUGAAGAUUAGAUUAUGAGUAAGCGUGUCCAGGUUUUUGCUAAGCUCCUUGAAAUGAGAUUCAGGGUAAGAAACGUGUUAAAUAAAACACAUUUUAUUACCCUCCCCUCCCCCUUUAUAGCCUAGCUGAAGGUCUCGUAUCAAAGCAAGGGGGUUGUAGGGGUUGCACUUUUGAACCCCGCCGUCUUUGGACGUGCUGCUCGGCAGUGACGCGAUCUGGGUGUUGCUGGGCGGCGGAGUGUUUGGACGAGCCCCACAGACCCCGGCUGAGUAAUUGUUCCCAGCGUUUGGUGUGUCGGCCUACGGGAGGAGAGCUCCUCUAAGUCAUCCACUGCCAGUGAGCUCCGCACAGCAGUUAUGGGAAUGCGCCUCCUCCCUCCCCCUUUUAAAGCAGGCUUGGAUGUGCAAGGCAGGGCCAGCCGAACGCACCCCAGUCAGUUCCCGGUAAUGUGCACAUGGGGCUCUGGAAAUGCCUAUCUUGAUUUAAGAGGCCAGAGUCUUCUCUAGGCCCAAGGAGAGUAUGUUGCGUUGCAUACGAGCGGUCCAGGGCUGCAGAAAGGCUGCUUACCCUGACACCUAGUGGUGUGUUUGUGAAAUGUAGUUGUUCCCAGGUUUGUAAGGAUUGUUUGUGUGUGGUGUUUUUGUUUGUUUGUUUGUUUGUUUAUUGUUGUUGAACAACAAUAGCCCCAACUCUUGUGUCAUACUAACAUUCAGCCAUUGGGUGUAUACUUCCCAAGGAUUGAUAGGGAUCCCAAAGCCAAAAACAUAGUGUUCAGUGCCUUGAAAUUAUUAUUUAGUACUGAAAUAUGUGCAGUACAGAGCAGAAUAAUGAAUGUUUUAAAUUGUAUAUUGUUUCAGAUAUAGUCCCAAAUGAAAAUUGUAUUUUUAUCAAAUGCAUAUGUUGAAAUAUGCGGUAAUGUAAGAGAUAAAGAUUGAUGAGGUAUCUAAUCCCAUGCCAGCAGACAUGCAUAGAAUUUACGCCAAACUAAUCACAGUGUUAGGACAGUGGUCAUUUUCCAUGGUGCCUUGUAUGGCAGCUGCCAAGUAGAAGCACUUUAUUACAGCUGUCGUAUGGGUUUCUAAUCACGUACGUGUGUGUGUGUGUAUGUGUCUGUGUGUCUUGAAGUGAUGCAAACCUGGACACCCAGGUUUACCUGCACAUAAUAUGUUUAACUGGUUGAUUCAGAAUGUACUGUAAUGAGAAGUUACUUGUUUUUCUUUGCCAAGCUUGGUCAUGUGUUAUUAGAAGGUUUAGGUAGUCAGGUGAGUUACUGAUGUCUGAAUGGAGCCUUGAGGCAAUGGCACUCGAGUGGAAAUAUUGUGUCUGAGGUUUUUUGGGGUGGUGGUGGUUAAAAUUGAGUUUCAGGUUUCAGAUUCCGUUUUCCUACAGUUGGUUUGUGGCUAAUGGAGAUGUCUAAUCUCCUACUGGGUGGAGUUGAAUAGGAUUGCUUUCACUAGUGAGAGGUCUGAUUUGAAGUUUGGUUGAAGCAGUGGAAUUCUGUCAGGGCUUUCUCAUUAGGUGCGGAAGAGAGUGUGUUUGUGCGUCUGUUGCUGUUGGUAUUAGUAUUAUCAUCAUCAUCAUCAUCAUCAUUGUAAUAGUAAUGAACAAUGCUUCUGUUACUGCUCCUUCUCCUGUGAAGAACCCUGAUGGCUUGUUUGGAGUGGGCUGGUAUUUCUCCGAUCUCUCACUAAACCACACUGAGGCAUACAUUGUCCCUCAAUACGUAUUAAAUACAAAACACUAUGCAGCCAAUCUAAGCACAUUAGUCAAGGCUAGUGAUUUCUGCCUAACCCCUGCGAAUAUGUAUUGUGGUAUUUCAAGAAGAAAAAAAAAGCUUCUGAUUGCAUCACCAACAUAAACCCACCGUAACAAUACUUUCUAUGCAUCUUUAAAAGUGUUUGACCAAGCACUUAGGCAGAAUGCACUGUGACAGUGGCAGGGAUGGUGUGUGUGUUAGUGUGUGUGUGUGUGUGUAUAUGUGUGUGUGUGAAUGUGUGUGUUUACACUCACUUUUUCACUCUCUUUCCCUCGGUCUCCCUCCUCUCUGUCUGUCCACCUGGCCUGUCCACUCUCUCUCUCUCUCUCUCUCUCUGCCUUUGAGCUGGGCUGAGGGCACAUGCUGCCGAGAGCCUCUCUGGUUUUCUGGGCAGACGAGCACUGCUGCUCCUGCUGUUCGCCCCCUGCUGUUCACACUAAAGCAACACACCCGAAGGCACCGGAGAGCAGACACACCUCUCCAUGGGACAUUUCAGGCCCAGGGACACUUCAAAAAAAAAAAAUUAAGAAAAAAAUACCAUCACUAACUUUUAGGAGGUUUGAGAAAGCAGAACACUUUAAGAAACGUGUGUGAGUGUGAGAGAGAAAGGGAGAAAGAGAAGGAGGAUGUGUUUGUGUAAAAUUGUAAAUUAUGACCGUAAAGGUCAAUGCAGAAAAGAAAAAAAAAACGACCAGCUUUUCUUUUAGUUUCUUGCUGAAGAGCGGAGCGGACUGAGAGAGGAGGCCGCGUGGCCGUCUGUGCCGGGCUGAGGAGCGUGCUGAGGUGUGUCCUGAGAGGCCAUGGCAGGAGCUCCCUGCCAGUCUCACAAGAUCAGGGACUAGUGUUUACAUGCCACCUCUACACACACACACACACACACACACACACACACACACACACACACACACUUUCCAGGCUCCUGGCAAGCCAUUGCCCCAUUAGAAUGAGUUGGCACUUCUCAACUUCUCCAUACCAGAAAGCAUCUGAAAUCCUCCUACUUUUUUUUACUUUCCGUUUUUGGCAUUGCAAAGAAUGUAACGCUUCCACUGUGCAUCAGAAAAGACAAGACUUAAGCGGUUUCUUGGCCACUGAAAAAGAAAUUAUAUAUAUAUAUAUGGCAGACCUCAGGUUGUCAGUCAAGGUUCAGGUUCAAGCGUCUGAUCCAGGAACAGUUUUUGUCAAACCUGACUUCCUGCCUCCACCACCUCUGCUGUGUGUCCAUGUCCCUCCCCCUCCCCCUCAGACCAGCAGCAUCCCUCAGGCGUUCAUCACCUUCCACUGAUUUGAACUGUACCUAUCAGCCCCUACGGCUGAGUCGCCCUCAUGUACAUACUGAGGGCCUUUGUUGAUAUUCUUGUUUUUGAUAAAUGUCUGUGAGAGUGAGGCUGUAGAGGUGUUUUGUUUCCCCCUGGCCCUAUUAAUUUUAUUUACCCGACAUCUCCUCUCCACGUCUGUGGACAAUUAUUUUAGUAUUAUGAUGAUACUCACCUUCUUUUAUGUCCUACUGACUGAACGUAUAGAAAGAGGGUUAAAGGAAGGGGGAAACAGAUUUAAUAUUAAACCUUUUUGUUUUUUUGUUUUUUGGAGAUAAAAAAAAAAAAAAAGCGUAUUAGAGGUCCAGCCUCUGGUCGAACACUGUGCCAUCUACAGUAUGAACUGCCAAGCCCAAACACUACUGCAUUGGCCCCACUCUGGAGUAUCCUUUCGCCUCUGGAUGGGAAUGAGAAGAACUAGUUCCGGCAGUUACCAAGAGGUGGAGCUCAUAGCCUCCCAUGACUCAAGCAAAGCAGUGGAGAUGGGGAAUAAUUUUAAA